AUGGAUCCGAACAACCCAAAUAUCCAUCAACAUUUUUCUGAUUUAAGUGAUGAUUUCUUAACCAAUCCCCAAUUUCAAAUGUUCUUGCAAAGAUUAGGAAAUACAUCUUUGCAUCCUCCUUCACAACAUCAAACACCCACUGAAUUCCCCAACAAAAACAAUGAUGACGAAGAACGUACACCUCCAACUUAUCACGGGAGUAACUCCCAAUUCGUAGACAGUGAAGAGGAAAAUGUACGAGAGACGCCUCAAUACCCUCCACAAGUUCCCACAAUACAAUCCAACCAGGUUGCUGCACGAGCAUCUCGUGUUUGGUCUGGUGCGGAAGAAGAAGUUCUAAUUGGGUUGUACCUACAAAUAAGCGAAGAUGCUAUUGUAGGUUGGCAGCAGACGCACUACAAUGGAUUUCUUGAAAAUGAUGAAGCAGGUAGACUUCCGGAGGGAGGGAGUGGUUACAACGAAGCUGACCGUGUAAAAAGUGCAUCAAAGUUGUUCCAUCUUGCCACCGGUCACAAUUUUAACUUUCAUCACGCAGUUGAAAUGCUAAAUAAAGAUCCAAAGUGGAGGCCAAAGCUUAGAUGGUCCUUAUCCAAAGAGGAAAGAAAGGUUGUUUGUGUUGAAGAGGAGCAAGGUAGUGCUGGUAGUGGGAAGAGGUCGAGAGAUGAAAUAGGGGAUGAAACCCCUACGGAUGGUUUUUCAUCUGGAGGUAUACGACCACCUGAUGGUGUGAAGAAAUCAAAGGCUAAGCGUAAAAGAAAAGUAGUGGCGUCAGAAAGUGUUUCGUCUGACAUUGGAGAGCGAAUGAAGGAAUUCACUACAGUUCGAGAAAGGGAGGCCAUUCUGAAACAAGAGAGGAUGCAAAUGGAAAAGGAAAAAGAACAGAGGAAACGAGAGGAACUUCACAUUCAUAAGAUGAAAACCAUGUUUGAUAUGCUGCAAACUCUAAAGAAUUCGCCUACGCCACUUACUCCUCAAGAAGAGGCAUACAAGAAAUAUUUACUCCAAAAACUGAGCGGCAUGAGCGAUUGA